AUGAAACCAUUGAAGGAGAGAUUCAGAGAUGGUAUUGAUGUGGGCAUAGCAGUUGCAAAUGCCAUCCCAGCUGGGGCACCAUUUGAUCCAAAGGAAAUGGCCACAGAGGUGAUGCAAGAAGCAUCUCAAGAUCCAGCACUCCUGCAAGAUCCUCAGAGACUCUCAGCGUUGGUACAACGGCUCUGUUACGACUACAAACUGUCGAAUCCCUCUGCUAGCUCUGCACAAGAUGAAAAACAGAUUAACUCGGUAGCAAUUCCACUUGAGAUCAAAAUCUGA